CAAGCCAGCAAGAUGUUCCGACGAGGGCGCUGGGGCUGGUGCCUCGGAGCAGCAGCCACAGCAGCAGCAGCAGGCGCCGCCGCAGCAGCUGCAGUAGCAGCAGGAGCAGCAACAGCAGCAGCAGUAGCAGAAGGAGCAACAGCAGCAGCCACAGUAGCAGCAGGAGCAGCAGCAGCAGCACCGGCGGGUCGGCCGUCUACCGCCUGGGCGUAGGAUCCCCUGCUUUGCUUAGACUU